AUGAGCAUCGUCACGCCACCAGCUACCUCCCAGACACGACCAUUUGGACCAGAGCAUCCUGUAGCCGCCGUCAUCGUCGGCGACCUCCGCCGGACCCGUGACAGACACCGACGUCGCCCGAGCCAUCCCGUCCACCUCCUGCUGCGCAAUGACGCACACAAGGACCGCCAGGCCACGCUGCACCGUCCUAGCUCCUCGCCCACGCCUCUGCGCCGUUGUAGCACCGUCGACACCGUCGCCAUGUCCGGGGGGCACUAUAACCGUCGCCCCUUCGUCUCCGCGGAGAUCAAUCCCGCGGAGACGAAGGCAACGACGCCGCCGAGGCUGCUUCGGUCUCGCCCGCUGCGCCGCGCCGCCGUUCGCCGCCGCCGUGCACCGCCGCCCUCCACGCGCGUGCGCCGCCGCCGCUCGACCACCCGCGCGCGCCGCCGCCCUCCGUUCGGCCGCGCGCUCACCGGCGCCCUACCGCCGCGCGCGCCCGAGCCGUUCGGCCGUGCGCCGCCGCCGUCGCCUCCACGCCAGCGCCACCCGCGUCGCCCUCCCUCCACGCCUACGCCCCCGCCACCGCGCCUCCUCCUCGGCCGCCUCCUCCUCGACAGCCGCCCGCCUCCUCUCCGCUGGCCGGCAAAGCCCCGCCCCGCCGUCGAUGGUUCCGCGCGUUUGGUGGAGAGGGGAACGGCCGGAAGCUUAUAUCCGGCGGCCCCCCUGUUCUCGGAUUUGUUCUGGGUUUCUUGGCUUCCGGACGGCGGCCGCCUUUGUGACUGCAAUCUCGCUCGAUUUUGCUUCCGAUUCUUCCUUGCAUGCGAUGCGGGGUUGGGGUUUUGCACGCCGCGUGCUUCCGGAGGCCCCGUGACCCGGGCGGCGGCGGCGAGAAGCCGCGCAAACGAUGCUCCCCGCCCGCCGGCGCCAGGCGAGCCGGGUCUGAGGAGCUCAGGUGGGGAGAGGGGUCCCCCUGACAUUAGCCACGGAACAAAAACAUUCACCAAGAAGGGGAAUGGGAGCACGGGGAGGGAAGACGCAGGCACGUCACACGCGCCCAGAGCGUCAGACGUGGUUAAGAACAGCGCUUUAGGUUCCCUGUCAAGAGAUUCAGACAGGAGCGCUGGCUCUCCGAAGGGCGCAGAAACGGCAAUUGGUGAGAAUGCCAAUGGUAGCAGCACGUCAAAGAAGCGGAAAAGGAUCGUUGCCGUGUAUUCCAGAAGAUACCCGAAGAGAUUCAAGGCGGUCCAAGGAGGGAAUGCCGCAGAUGUAGUUGUUGCUUCUCCUGACACAGUGGGGAAGGAAAACACUUCAAGCGGGCAUGUGGCAGAGAGCAACAUUUCUAAGCUAUAUGAAAGUAGCAGGUUAACUGAAAAAAACAAAGUUAACCAAUAUUCUGCACCGUAUUCAGAGGUACAGCCGCGUAAACCUACCAAUGUGUGCCCGCAAACUGCAGCGGCUGAAAGCAGUCUUCCAGUGAAAGCUGGAGACCAACACAUUGCCCCCGCAAGACAAAGUUGUCUGUCAUCAUCGCAAAGUGUGCCAAUAUCUUUUAUUCAUCAUGAAGAGAUCAAGAGCACACUUGGAGACAGUGAACCAAUUAUCGUUCAGAAAGAAGAUUCUGCUUCAGGACAUGUCAAGGUGAUGCCAUCUGAUGAAACAGAUGGUAACUCCAACAUAUGCGGUUCUUGUGGGUCCCCAGGAACUCUUAGGUCUUGUGAUGGGAAAUCUUGCCAAAGUAGAUACCAUAUCUCUUGUUUGGAUCCUUCCCUGGAAUAUUUAUCUCCUGGAAUUUGGUUCUGUACCAGCUGUACAAAGAAGAGGUUCCAGUUUGGUUUACAUUCUAUUGUUGAUGGAAUAGAGUCUGUGUGGGAUGUCAAGGAGGCUGAGGGAAUGCAAAAUAGCAAGCAGUAUUUUGUUAAGUAUAAGAAUCUGGCGCAUGUCCAUAAUUGUUGGGUUCUAGAAGAUGAUAUCAAUGUCAUGCCUGGAGGUCCUGAUGUUCUUUCCUUGUUUAACAAGAGGAAUCAUACUGAGAAGGCAAUUUGGAAGGAGGAAUGGACUAAGCCACACCGCCUGUUGAGAAAGAGGCUCCUUAUGCACCCAAAAUUAGCUGAUGAUUUCUUUUCCUCAUCUGGCCUUAAAUAUUCAUAUUGUAAUGUUGAAUGGUUAGUGAAAUGGAGGGGUCUUGGUUAUGAUCAUGCAACAUGGGAAUUAGAGACUUUACCCUGUUUAUGUACGCCUGAGGCCGACGAACUUAAAAAGAACUACGAGGACCGCCGUGAAGUUGCAAAACGAUCAUCUAUCACUACAAAAGCAAAGGUUAAGCAAAGCUCAUUUAAGAAACUUCAGAGAUUACCAGAUGGGUGCCAUCCUGAUUUUGACAAUGAUCACUUGUGUUCUAUCAAUCUCCUCCGAGAGUUCUGGUACAAAUCUCGUGGCGCUGUUCUUGUUGAUGAUAAGGAAUUUGUAACAAAGACCGUCUUAUUCACACUGUCUGUAUUACCUGACGUCAGCCAACCCAUCCUAAUUGUAACAACUCCUGCUUCUCUGUCCUUAUGGGAGGUUCAGUUCAAUAUCUUGGCACCAUUUAUCAAUGUUGUUGUGUAUGACGGAGGGAAAGACAAGCUCAAAUUAAUUCAAGAUUUGGAAUUCUAUGAGAGUGGAAGCUCUAUUAUGUUACAGGUUCUCUUAUCCCAUGCUGAUGCUGUCUUGGAGGAUAUCGAACCUAUAGCACGCAUUGAUUGGGAGGCAGUCAUAGUUGAUUAUUCUCAAAAAUCAACCCUACAACAUCUCGAACAACUGAAGCAACUUUCCAGUGAUUUUAGAAUGUUACUUGUGAGCUCCCCAAUUAAGGUUAAGGAGUAUCUUCCUGAGUACAGGAAACUCUUAGGUUUCCUUAAUUCUGGAGAGCAAGAAAAUGGCAGUUUCGUUGAUGCUGAGGCCCUUGUGAUGUCGAAAGUGAACUUCAAAAGUCAUAUUGCAUAUGAGCGCCCAGCAGAUUCUUCAAAAAUAUUGGAGCACUGGGUUCCUGCUCACAUUUCACAACUGCAGCUAGAGAUAUAUUGUUCCAUACUGCUUUCAAAUUCAUCUGUCCUCCAGUCGAAGAUGAAAAGUGAUGGCUCUCUUUGCGACAUUAUUAUCUCUCUCUCAAAGUGCUGUGAUCACCCUUACCUUGUUGAUGAAUUCCUGCAAAAUUCGCCUGUCGACCAUCAUGAUCGUACUGGUACUCUAGAUACCAGAGUGCAAGCAUGUGGCAAGCUAUGGCUUCUUCAAAAAAUGCUUAUAGAGAUAAGGAACAAGAGGCUGAGAGUCAUUAUUCUUUUUCAAUCUGGUGUAGCAAGUGGAAACUCAAUGGGUGGUAUAUUGGAAGGUGUUGUUUGUGACAUAUUUGGCCGUGAGUCAUAUGAGCGUGUUGAAAGUGGUGCACCAUUGGCAAGGAAACAGGCAGCAGUAAAUAUGUUCAAUGACAAGACUAAGGGGAGAUUUGUUUUUCUGAUUGAAAGUCGUGCAUGCCUCCCAAGUAUUAAGCUCUUAUCUGUGGAUGUUGUUAUCAUAUACAAUAGUGACCGUAACCCGCUAAAUGAUCUUAAGGCUAUUCAAAGAAUCAAAAUAGAGUCACCGAAGUAUCCGGGCAUUUUUCGUUUAUACACUCCUUUCACAAUGGAAGAGAAGCAGCUUGUGCUUGCAAAACAUGGCGUGCUUACUGGUAACUACAAAGAUAUGCCACAUAGUUUGGGCCAUUCAUUGGUCAGUUGGGGUGCAUUAUCUCUUUUCACCAGAUUUGAUGAGCUUCAGCAUGAUAACUAUGCAAGUAAAAGUUUUGAAAGGGAUACAGUAAUUCUGGAGUUCUUAAAAAUGUUAGCCACAAAUGUUAAAGAGAACACCGAAUCCAAUUGUGUGUUCAUAUCGAAAGCUAAUAUGAGCGGGGAGUUUUAUUCAAGAAGCAUUACUUUAAUAGGCGAAAGUGGGGUGCCUGCAUCGGAUGGAGAUCCAUCUAAUUUUUGGUUAAACUUACUGGAUGGGAAAUCGCCUCGUUGGAGCAAUCUAUCUGAGCCACAACAAUCAAGACACAGAAUGUUACAGAACAUAGAAGAACUAGCCAGAGUUCCGGCUGAAGAAGCUAGAAGGAUGCGUACAAAGGUUGACGGAAUCACAGUUCCAUCUUCAAAAUGUUCAUCUGACAACAGUCAUGAUGAUGUGUUACCUAAAAGUUGUUCUACAUUGACCCCCCCUCUUCAACAACUUGAUGACACAGAACAAAAAGAAGGGAUGAAAAAACUGACCACACCAAAGAAUCUUCAUGUUCAACUUAAGAAAGAGCUGUCGAAACUAAUUAAGGUGUUACAACUGCCGGAUAAUGCAAAACUUAAGGCCGAACAGUUCUUUGAAUAUUAUUUGAACAAUCAUCUAGUUCUUCCCGAGCCAGUGGACAUAUUGCGCACAUUCAACAUAGCCUUGUGUUGGCGUGCUGCUUCUCAUCUAAAUUAUAAGGUAGAUCGCAGAGAGUCGCUUGCCCUUGCUGAGAAAGGCUUCAAUUGUGAGUACAAUGAAGCGCUUGUGGGGUUGAUCUAUAAGAAAUUAAGGACCCUAAAGAAAAAAGUUCCAGAUAGAGCAGGUGAAGCAAGUAUCAAGGGUCAACCAGUGUCAGUAGAGGACACCCAGCUUUCAUGGCAAGAAAAUUCUUACUUGGAAAAUGACCACAUGUUCCAAAACAAGAAAAUUGAUCUUCAUGGUAAUUUCAUAGAUGGUGCACCUCAGGAGGUCUCAUCUGUUGCUGAGCAGAUGAUCUCAGAGGGGCAAGAAUCUGUUAAGGAAACUCACAAAGAAUGUCACAUGCUAAAUGAUGAGCCUCCUAAUAUGAUAAUGGAGAAAAGUAUAGAUUUAGUUGAAAAUGUUUUCUCCAUAAGAAAAAAUAACAUCCUUUGCAAACAACAGCUUGAGAUAUCAGGUUUAGUGACACACAGGCAGAACAAUGUCAUCAGAUUGAAAGAAGUUUACAGUUUAGUUCUGGAACAUAUUCGUAGAAGUCACAUUGAUGAAAUGACCAGGAGUGAAAAAAUAAAGCUGACUGCUCAGUGGUUCAGUAUGCUUAUUUAUGCAUUUUUGGAGCACAUGAAGCUCCAGCAUAGCAAGCUUGAGGGACUGCAGUCUGAUACAUGGUCUUCAGAGUGUCAACUGAAGGAAAAGCUCCACCAGGUAGCAAGAUCAGGCCAAUUAGAUCGAGACUUUGAUCGGCAUAUUGCUCUACCUGACUCAAACUUUGUUAUGGAAGAAUUCAUCCAUUUUGAAGAACAGAAUGAUGUGUAUCGUAUUGCUGAAAGUUCUGUGUCAGAUUGUCAACAGUCAUCAAAUGACACAGUGUCGAUGGAAAUUACAUUAGUACGAAGUGAAGCUCUCUCAGAGCCCAUAUCUAUACACGCAAUGGAAAAUGAGCCAGUUGAGACUUCUGCGGGCUCUGCCGUAGGACCAGCAUUAGAAGCUGUUGAUUUUCAAGAAAACAACAUCCACUGUAGUUCUGAUGGCAUUAGUGUACAAAUAGCUGGGUGUUCAUCGAGUACUAUUCCUGCAAAUGAUGAUUCCACCGGCCAGGAAUCCUUAACCAGUGAGUGUAGAAAUGCUGAACAUAUUGAGAUAUGCAAUAUUACUAAGUCAGAUGAUGAACCUGCAGAGGCAGAGCGAGCAGGUACCUUGGGUGCCAUAGCAGCUCAGGAUUUGCAGCCUGAAAUGCACUCAUUAACCACCCAUGUAGAACCUUCACUGGAUCCACAUGGAAGGGUAGAAUCAGCAGGCAUGGUGACAGCUCAUGAUCUCCAGGCCGAAAUACUACCAUCAGCCUCAGUGCCUACGGAACAAAGUACAAGCCCUGCCCAACAAAGUUUAGCAACUUCAGGACAUUCACCAGCAGAAGCCGAACAGGCAGAUAUUCUGGGCACAGAAACCACUUGCAGUUUGCAGCCUUCGCAAGGUGAAGUGCAACUGUCAACCACAACGCAAGAUCAACCUGCAGAAGUACAAGCAUGCACCUUGGGCGCCAUAGCUGCUCGGAGUUUGCAGCCUGAAACACAACCAUCAACCUCAACGCAGAGUGCUCCUUUCGAAAGAACCUAUCUGGUUGGCAUGCCUGUGCUACGAAGUCACAGUGCCAGGGCAGAAUCAACACGUACUUUGGGCUCACUGAUAGCUCACAAUCUGCAUUCUGAAUUACAUCCAUUGGCCUCAAUGCAGGAUCGACCUGCAGAAGCAGAAGGAGGAGUUAUGUUGGGCUCCACGGCAGCCCAGGAUUCGCAGCCUGAAAGGCAAUCAUCAACCACAGUUCAGCAUAUUCCACUUGAAAGAGUACACUCUGAAGAAAGGAUACAAAUUGGUUUUCAGCCAAAUAUGGUACCUGGUACUGAGCAGCCCACCCAACACCCUCCAGUCACAGCGUUAGUGUUUAAUAAUCCAAUACUUAGUGACGAGCCGCUGAAAAAUGAGUUGGAAAGGUUAAUGCAUUGCAGCAGGGUGCUUCAUGAACAUAAGAAAUCACAACUUCUAAUAGAGUAUAACCAAGAAAGAGAGAAGAUAACAAAAAAGUAUGACUUGUUAUCUCGAAAGGAAGAUUCCGCUUAUCUUCAGAACCAGCGCGAGCUUAGUCAUGUCUACAGGAAUGUUUUUGUAAACAAAUCACUAGCUGAGAAUUUUCGAAGGGUCUUCACACCAUCAUCUGCAGCUCAAGGGAGAUUGACGACCCCUGUAGCGGAGCAGCCAUUUGAGUUUUCUUCAGCGGCUCAGACCACAACAUCACCAGCUAUCUCGUCAUCAGCCAUCAGACCACCAGGAUCUUAUGUGCGACCUUCGUUUGUGGCUCGGCCGCCAUCAUCAUCAUCAUGGAAUGCCCAACUACCUGGCAAUCUCUAUGGAACAGCAUCAUCACCUUUUAUUCCAGCGCCUGUGCCAUACGGCAGCUACACACCAGCUGGAGCACAGUCACGUGCUGUCCAACCACUAUCAGCCUUAGCCAGCAAUCUCUAUAGAACGAUGCCACCUGCUCCUCCGCCGCAUCUGCCACAUGGAAGCUACAGAUCCGCUGCAGCACAACUGCGUGCGCCAUCUCCUCAUCUCCAGCAGCUCAGGAUGCCCUCUCAGUAUGCCAUGCGCACAGACCAGCAGCAGCGUCGUGCAGCUAGUGGAGCGGUUCCAUUGUUGGGACAGUAUGGCAGGGGAAGCUACGCAUCGACAGUUCCACAGGGAGGCGCCAUACGAAACUCCAUGGACCCAAGUUCAGCUCACCAAGCAUCAAGCUCACGCCCACCUCACCGAGCGUCCUUUCUGCCACCCCAACGACACCCAGAGUCCAUGCUCAGCUUGCAGCCAUCUACUUCAAACCCCAUCUUCAUGCCAGCCCACCAACCGUCGUCAUAUCCAAGCAUGGCCUUGGGCAGCACUGCAGGUCCGCAGAAUGCAGCGCCAGGAAGCCAGCAGCACGGAGUCGCCCAGAUAGCCGGCGUCAAUCACAAUCAGCCCGGAUCCAAACCGUCGUCAUAUCCGAGCAUGGCCUUGGGCGGCACUGCAGGUCCGCAGAACGCAGCGCCAGGAAGCCAGCAGCACGGAGGCGCCCAGAUAGCCAGCGUCAAUCACAAUCAGCCAGGCUCCAAACCGUCGUCAUAUCCGAGCAUGGCCUUGGGCGGCACUGCAGGUCUGCAGAACGCAGCGCCAGGAAGCCAGCAGCACAGAGGCGCCCAGAUAGCCGGCGUCAAUCACAAUCAGCCCGGCUCCAAACCGUCGUCAUAUCCGAGCAUGGCCUUGGGCGGCACUGCAGGUCCGCAGAACGCAGCGCCAGGAAGCCAGCAGCACGGAGGCGCCCAGAUAGCCGACAUCAAUCACAAUCAGCCCGGCUCCGAAUCGGCGUGGCUGAGUGCGUACCUGAAAGAUAGGCUUCGCCUGGUUAGCAGUAGCAGCCCCGCAGGUGCAGGGGCGGCCAGCCCAGAUGAAGUUGUGUGACUCUCCGACGAUGAACCGUAGCAGCGACAGUCAGAUAUCUGUGUUGACUUAGAAGCCGCCCAUCUAAAAGCCUCUAGCAUCAUCAUCCGUGUAGCAAAGAGAUGGACAGCUGCACAUCGGAAGAGAACGUUGCACCUGUUGAGAAGUUGUAGAAGCUGAUGUAGUAGUACUGAUAUUUUCACCAAGUUUUGUGUAGUGCGAGUUGAUGUUGCGAAUGCCUGACUCUUUUUAUUUCUUAUGGGAAUCUGACAUUCUGACUGGCUGUCUGACCCUUUGUUAGCUUGUUGAGAUUGCUCCUGGCUUCAGUCUACAACCGUGCCAGGCUUCUCCUAAUUUCUGAUGACAAUCUUAAUAUGUAUAUCAAGCUUACUCUAAAGCCAGAAGAGUUAAGUUGCAUUUAUAA